AUGGCCAUGCUCGCCACGUCCCGCGCGUACGCUCUCGCGCACGCUCGCCCUCGCCUCGCCUCGCCGUACCGUCAUCGCGCGUCGUCGUCGCACCGCGCGGUCGCGGUCGAAUCGACGUCGACGACGGCGAGCGAUCUCGGCGCGCUCGGUGACGGACGAUUCUCCAAGCUCCUCGGCGCGCUGGACGUCGCGGAAUUGACGUCCGUGAUCGCAGGAAGCGACGAAGCGCUGACGGUGUUCGCGCCGACGGACGAGGCGUUCGAGCGGUGCGCGCGGGACAGGGCGCUGGCGUUCGAGGAACUCGCCGAACGCGAAAACUUGGACGAGAUAUUGAAGUAUCACGUCGUGAGCGGCGCGGUGAAGUCGAGCGAUUUGAAGAGUGGACAAGUGAAGACGCUGAAUGGACGCUCUGUGAAGGUUGACGUCGCUGGGGGUGAGGUGAAGGUCGACGGCGUCAAGGUGACGGAGGCGGAUAAGGCGGCGUUCGGGGGCAACGUCGUCGUGCACGUCGUGGACGAGGUUGUUUUUCCGGCGUUUUCGAUCAACGCCAAAGUGCAAACGCCGCAAGAAAUUCUUGCGUUCGAGGGAUGGGCGCCGGAGGUGAUUAACGGACGCGUCGCCAUGCUUGGGUUCGUGCUGGCGCUGACGGGCGAAAUCGCCACGGGGGAGUCGUUCACGACGCAGGCGGCGAACAACUUUGGCGAGCUCACGCGCACGAUGUUCGUGUGGAGCUUGGCGUCUCUUUUCCCGGCGUUCAGUUCGAACGAGGGGUACGAGGCGAACCCGUUCAAGAUGGCUGACAGUAAGGAAUGGGAAUUUGUUUUCCGCGGUUGCCCGCCGUGGCUCGCGGUGAAGGAUGUCUUUUCGCCCGAGGUUGAACAGCUGAACGGCCGCGCCGCCAUGAUUGGCUGCGCUUCGAUGAUCGUUCUUGAAACGCUCCUGGGACACGCGCUCUUCUAG